AUGGUUUCUGAAAAAGAAGAAAACAAUGGGAAUAUUUUCAAUUACCCAUUAUCAGUUAAUUCCCCAAUCCCAGAAUUUACUAGAAUUGAACAUGAGAUAACCCCACCAAAUCAUAUUAAUUCCAACAAUAGGGCAAUUCAAACAAAUAAAUUUUAUCGAAACAUUAUUUUAGGAAAUCAAAUGGGGACUGUAACGACCGAUCCAUACUCUAUAAGUUUUAUUAAAAAGAAAAAUUUAAUUGGGAUGUGUGUUCAUGACGUAAAUUCUCAUUGCAAGGAGUUAAAUGUCCCUCGUGUAUCUCACUCUGAUUUUCUGGUUCUCACUGCUUUAGAAUAUAAACAUCCUACCAAUAUUUAUUUACUCAAUACAGGUAUUAAUAACAUGUCAAUACAGGUCCAUAUUAAGAAAUCAGCCACUGAAUUUAUUUGGUUCCCGUUAGUCCAAGGUAUGGGGUUUAUUACUGCUAUGUAUUACAAUAUUAAACCUGUUAUUAUUUCAAAAAUUGGUUUUAAAAAAUUCAAGCAUUUACCCACUCCCAAAUAUGGUAUAAGAAAAUAUGAACUUACCCUAAAUAACGGGAGUAUAUGGUUUCUCUAUGUGUACGUUAAUGGAAAUUUAAUGUUUGAUUUAUAUAUUGAUAAUGAAAAUCAUAACCUUGUUGCUAACUCCAUUGCAAAGGGCUGUAUCUUUCAAUUGACAACAGAAGACAAUGACCACUUUAAUUCAGCUGCAGGUAAAUUCAUCACUGAUUGUGAAAUUACUGCAACUCGUUUAACUUAUGGCUACCAAUUUUGUUAUAAAUAUUCAAGCUAUGGUAAUUCUACUUCUGGAGCAUCUACAAUUUAUUUAUUGCCUCAUCAUACAAAAAAUCUAAAGGACGAAAUUGAAUCUAAAAUUAUAAAGACAUGCUUGAAGUCGAAAAAAGGUAUUCCAAUGAAAUGUUAUUUGGGAAAUAAUUUCGAAUUUCAAAUUUUAGACACUACAGAACGAGCUUUUAACCCCUUUGCAUCAUUAACUCUUACUAAAAAUUAUCAAAAUGUGUCAGAAAAUGAAUUUUUAAUUAAUAAAAUUAUGAGUGAGUGUAAUAAGACAGAUAUUCCAAAGGAGACAAAUAGAGAUUCGAUGUAUUUUUCAGGAAGACUGAUUGCAAAAUAUUGCUGGAUUUUAUAUUGCUGCCACUAUAUAUUAAAUAACAAAGAACUGGUAAACACAUAUUCUCUCCAAAUUAAAACUGCAUUGGAAUUAUUCAGAAAAAAUUCCCAGAUAUAUCCCUUAAAUUACGAUGUUACUUGGGGUGGUCUAGUUUCCUCUGGAAAGUGUGGGAAAGAUUUUGAAAAUCGUUAUUAUAAAAAUCACAAUUUACAUUACUGUUAUCAUAUUAUUGCCGCUGCCAUUGUGACACAUAUCGAAAAAAUUAAUGGGAAUUCAGUAUGGUAUGAAGAAAAUAAAGAAUGGGUUGAAAAUUUGAUUCGUGAUUAUUCAAACCCAAAUAUCAAAGAUCGAUAUUUUCCUGUUUUUAGGACAUUCGAUUGGUAUUAUUGGCGAUCUCAUGAGAAGGGAAUAUACAAAUUUGAGGAUGCUGCUUUAGAUAAGGUACAUUAUGAGGAUGUUAAUUGUGCGUUAGCACUGAAAUUAUGGGGAAUGGUGACAAACAAUAGCAAUCUUGAAAAUAUUGGCUCGUUACAGUUGGGUCUAAUCGAAGAAGUUAGUAAGAUAUACCCAAACUUCAAAAGAAAUUCACUAUCUGAUUUAACUGAAAUUUUCUCCAAGGAUGAUAUAAGAUGUUUUUUGCAAACUUUAAAUAAAUAG